UAGUAGCGUGUAAACUGCCCUCAUUUACAAGAGGAAGAAGAAGAGUUCCUCGUCCUCCAAACAGAUUUACAGCAGGAGGAGCAAGGUUAUGACUGUAAGGGAUACGGAAAGAGUUCAAAGACAUGAAGUGGGCUGAAAUAAUAGUGAAAGAGUUUGGCCAUCCGACACGAUCAGUGGCAGGGUGGCUGAUCAGUAAGUUGCUCACAGUGUGCAACCGCGUUCUUGAGGAGAAUACGGUUCAGCUGUGUGGGAUCCGACCUGAGGACACAGUGCUGGAGCUGGGUCACGGCCCAGGUCAUGGUCUGCAGUCAGCAGCCAAACUGCUCACAGAGCCCACAGGCCGCCUUAUAGGUGUGGAUUACUCGGCAUACAUGCAUCAGAUGGCAAGUGAUCGAAUGAAGGAUUUUGUGGCCAGUGGGAAAGUGACCCUAUACCACUGUGAUGUAGAAGCAAUGCCUCUGGCAGACAGCAUUGUGGAUAAAGUCUUUCAUUGUAACUGCUACUACUUCUGGUCUGACCUCGAGAAGGGAGCCACAGAGAUACACCGGGUAAUGAAACCAGGAGGCUUGAUGGUGACCACUCUGAGGCUGUCAAACUGGCCUCAGGAGCCCUACAUGACAGCUCUGAGAGACUCUGGCUUUACUGAUGUCAGAAUGGAAGACAAACAGCACAAAAACAUUACUUUUCAGGCUAUAUAUGCCACUGCCUCAAAAUGAGAUUGAAAUCAAACUGCAAGUAAGAGAUUGUGCGUAUUCUAGCCCAUAUUUAUUAUCCGGUUUUACAUGUGAUUUUUAAUUGUUCUUAAUGGUACUUUUGAAAAUUGGUUCUCCUCUCUAUGGCAGAUUUGAAAUGCCUGAAUGAAAACAAGUCAAACACAGAUAUACAAUUAAAUACAAUACAGAUUAUUUGUUUUUGUUUAGUAACUGAAUUGAUGGGGAGGAAUGAACACCAGAACCUCCAGUCGGUUUACAAACAGUCUGUUCUUAGGCAAGCUCAGAGGAUAGUGACUGACCCAUCACAUAGAAUAUGAGCUCUUGCCCUCUGGCAGACGCUGUAAACCUCAACCAUUUUAAAAACGAAUGUGUUCCUACCUCUGUUAAACGUUUAAACAAUGCUGCUUGAGGCCAUAGAGAUUUUGCAAUAGUUUCAUGGUGUUUUACUGGGGGGUGAAGGAAAUACUGUAUGUUACAUUCAACAUGUUUUUACCUCUGGGAUGUGUGCAAUACUUUAUGUGCAGUUUAUUGCUGUGACUCCUACAAUUGGUGCUGGAUUGUUUUUUUUUUUUUAAUUUUAUUUAUAACUGUCAGCGCAUUAUUCAUGUGUACAGCUGGGGGUCCAAAACAAAUUUCCCUAAGGGGACGAUAAAGUAUAUCGUAUCGAGGGAAUCUUGACCUGAUUGUAAAUGCUUAGGCGUUUCCCACCUGGAUGUCAUCAGACAAUUCACCUUUGGCUGAAUAGACCCUUUGUCUUGAAAACAAAGGCAUGCAAAACACUGAAUGAAAGAAACCACCUUGAUCAGAGGGGGAGGACCAAGCCAAGGUAUAAAGAGAGAGAGCACCUGUCCAACGGGGUGCAUAUUACAAACCAACAUUUGCAUUGUGUACCAUGCUCUGAGCAUUAAAAGUGUGACAAUACUGUAA